ACAUCAUUAGCAAAAAAUAAAAGUGAUCGAGCGCCGCCUCCUAUUUCCUCAGAAGUAAAAAAGCACUCUAGGUUAUAUUUUCCUUAGAAAAACAAUACAGAAGAUUUUUCACAACAAUGAACAGCAUGGCUUCCUCUACCAUUGCUCCAAAUCCCGCAUCUUUCAUCUCCAACAAGAAAGAUUUGGGGUUCACUGCAUUUUCGACAUCGUCACAAUUUUCUAUUCCCAAAUGCAACAGAAGGAUUUCCAAGAAAAUUUGUUCAGUCAUGGCUCCGCAACAAUCGGAACGCAGGCCUUCUACCACUGGCUCAGUCAAGACAGCAAUGACGAUGACUGAGAAGAUAUUGGCUAGGGCUUCUGAGAAAAGCCAGUUGAUCCCUGGUGAGAAUACUUGGGUUAACAUUGACAUUUUGAUGACCCAUGAUGUUUGUGGCCCUGGUUCGAUCGGCAUCUUCAAGAAAGAGUUUGGCCAGGACGCCAAGGUUUGGGACCGAGAAAAGAUUGUAAUAAUUCCUGACCAUUACAUCUUCACAAGUGAUGAACGGGCAAACCGUAAUGUGGAUAUAUUGAGGGAUUUCUGCAUGGAGCAAAACAUCAAGUACUUUUAUGAUAUUAAGGAUCUUAGUGAUUUUAAGGCGAACCCAGAUUACAAAGGAGUAUGCCAUAUUGCUCUUGCACAAGAAGGUCAUUGCAGGCCUGGAGAGGUCCUGCUGGGUACAGAUUCUCACACUUGUACAGCUGGAGCAUUUGGCCAAUUUGCCACUGGAAUUGGCAACACGGAUGCAGGCUUUGUGUUGGGCGCUGGGAAGCUCCUGCUCAAGGUGCCUCCAACUUUGAGAUUUGUAAUGGAUGGUGAAAUGCCAAAUUAUUUGCUUGCAAAAGAUUUGAUUUUACAAAUAAUUGGUGAAAUAUCUGUGUCUGGUGCGACAUAUAAAUCUAUGGAGUUUGUUGGUACAACUGUUGAAAGUCUAACUAUGGAAGAAAGGAUGACAUUAUGCAACAUGGUUGUUGAAGCUGGGGGGAAAAAUGGUGUUAUCCCUGCUGAUAGCACUACAUUUAAGUACCUUGAGGAUAAGACUUCUGUGGCCUAUGAACCAGUUUAUAGUGAUGAACAAGCAAGAUUUCUUUGUGAGUACAGAUUUGAUGUCUCAAAACUGGAGCCACUGGUAGCAAAGCCACAUUCUCCGGAUAAUCGGGCUUUAGCAAGAGAAUGCAAAGAUGUGAAAAUUGACAGGGUAUACAUUGGAUCUUGUACUGGAGGGAAAACAGAGGAUUUCAUGGCUGCAGCCAAAGUUUUCCUAGCUUCGGGCAAAAAGGUCAAAGUCCCCACAUUCCUCGUUCCUGCAACCCAAAAGGUUUGGAUGGACGUAUAUAGUCUCCCAGUACCAGGAUCUGGUGGCAAGACUUGCUCCCAGAUUUUUGAAGAAGCUGGUUGUGAUACACCUGCAAGUCCUAGUUGUGGUGCUUGUCUAGGUGGCCCUAAAGACACUUAUGCACGCAUGAAUGAGCCUACGGUCUGUGUGUCAACAACAAACAGGAACUUCCCAGGGCGAAUGGGACACAAAGAGGGCCAGAUAUAUCUUGCAUCCCCAUAUACUGCAGCAGCAUCUGCUUUGACCGGUUAUGUGACCGAUCCAAGAGAAUUCUUGCAGUAGGCUAUAAAUACCAUAAAUCUGCUCAUGUUGUAUGUCAUGGUUGCUUUGUAUCCUACCACUGUAGCUUAAAAUGCCUGAGCCGAAAUACAUAAUGGGUUUUUCUGUAUGGAUAUUAGUUUAUAUAUUUUGUGAUUUCUAAGAGGUUUGUACUAAAGAAGAUUGGUAAGAUGCCACCAUGCAAUAAUAAACUUAUUGCAAGAAAUGAAGCAAGUGACAAGGGAAGAUGAAUGAAAACUGGUGAUGACUAGACUCAUCUUUGUAUAU